AUGGGAAUCAUCAUCAAUGCAGAAGAUGUGCGUAAGGAAGCUGACAAAAUAAUUGAAAAAAGCCAUGGAUAUGCUGUGCCUAAGGAGGUUGAGAAGACUGAAAUCACGGCAAUUGAUAUCCCGUUUACCCAUGAUGGUUGGCGCAUGCUGGAGUUGGUAUACGAAGAAGCUCGGAAACUUGAGCAUAACUAUAUUGGAUCAGGGCAUCUUCUGCUUGCUUUUAUGAGUGAUGAACGUUGUUUAGCUUAUCUGGUCCUGGCCAACUUGGGUGCAAACGCUAGCAACAUUCGGACAGAGGUUAUACGCAUGCUUGGAGAAAACAACAAUGAGACAUUGGUGGAGAUGAAUUAUAAACCAAUUGUUGAUAAGAUUGAUGAGGAACUAAGAGAGAUUGAAAAGAAACUCAGCCAAGUGGAAGAAGAGAUGAUCAAAGCUUUAGAUGAUGAAGAUUUAGAAAAGGCUCAUAAUCUUUAUAGCCAGAAAUCUGAUUUAGGCCGGGAGAUGUUUGUUCUCAAGGCCAAAAGGGCGAACCUGAGCAUGUGGAGCUGAAUAACUCACCGCCCGUUGUUGUUGAUUUAUUUACAUUUCAUAAGCUCACACAUUCUCUCUUCGUGUAGUCGUGUGUUUCAACUUCGACCUCUCUUUUUUAUUUCUUAUGUCGCUGUCCGCUUUUGGGGUGUAUUAUAUUUUUAUUUAGUAUCGGGGUUUCAGUUUCUAAAUGCAA